GUGCAGACAGGCGCCGUGCGGCUGCUGGCCGUGGGGUCGUGGUACGAGGCCGUCCUGGACACCAGUCGCUUGGCCGUCGGGGUGCGCUUCCGCGUCUGCCUCGACCUGGACGGCCCGGGCGGGCUGCCCCUGGGGGACACGGGGCUCCAGGUCCUGGUCACCCCGUUUCACUGCAGCGGGCAGCGCCGCGUCGCCUCCGGCGCGAACAUGCUCGCGGCGCCGGAGCAGGCCGUGGAGCUGAAGUGCGCCACGUCAUCCGCAGCCUGUGCGGCGGCCGUCGGCUACCUGGCGCCGGACUGUGGCCGGCCGGCGCAGAGGCUCGCCGUGGCGCCCUCGGGAACGACAGCGGUGUCCGUGUCUCCCGCAUCUCCCGACGUGUCCAACCUGUUCUGGCACCUGUGGCUCGACUCUUCCAAUCUCCUGGGCGGUCACGUCUACCGCGUGUGCGUCGACGUGGACGGCCCCGGCGGGCCUGCGCAGUACGAGGACUCUGGGUGCGGCGCGUACAUUGCUGGCGCCGUGGCUGUGGACCCG